GUUGACAGUUGACACAGCAGCAGCAACUAACAAUUUUCAGUGCAUCAUAGCUGUUCAAUCAUUGUUAACAGGUAGAUCUGAUGGAGCCCUCCUCAUCCUCAUCGAAGCGCAUAAAAGUCGAAAGCAAACCUAUGUAUUCAGACCAACAAUUAGUUGGAUCAAAUUUACUGGAUGAUGUAACAUCUUCGAACAGUUCCGAAAGCUUAAAUGACUAUGGAAGUUCGGAUCCUGGCUUGAAUUUUGAGGCUCUUCGAUGGUCAACGACUUUUGUGGACAAGUCUAUGCUUAUUAGAUGCCUUAUGAACGAUAAGGAACAUAGAGUACUACUGACUGCGCCGCCUAGAUUUGGCAAGACUAUGGCUUGCAAUAUGCUUAAGGUGUUUUUUCAAAUUGUCAACAGUGAACAGGAGUUAAAAAAGAAAUAUAAUCUUUUCGAGGAUCUCAGAAUUUACAAAUGCUCUGAAAAAUGCACAGAUAAUCAUGAAUGUAAAAGGAAAAAUUUUUUUCGCAAGCACUGCGGACAACAUCCAGUAAUUUCACUAGAUUUUGCACAAUUAUCCGCAAUGUCAUAUAGCAGUUUCUUGGCGAGCCUUAGAGAUAUGAUAACAAGGCAGUUUAAAAAAUAUAGGUGUUUAAUUCAUAUGGGUGAUAAAACAUAUAUCUGGUCAAGCAACAACAUGGGAGAACUGGAUGUUAAACGUUUCUUGCGUUAUUUGAAGGAUGCUGAUGAUAACGAUCACUGGAUAAAGUCAAAAGCUGAUGACUCAGCAGAUCAAUACAUAUUUAAAGCUUUUAGAUAUUUGAUUGAGGUUGUGUCGGUCUACUAUCAAACAAAAAAAACAAAUAGAAAAAUCAUUAUGUUAAUUGACGAGUUCGACGCACCUUUCAUGGAAUUGUUAUUUCAUAAAGAAAAAGACGAAAGGAUUAUUACUUUAUUACGAAAACUUAUGCGUCUUUUAUGCAAAGAUGAGAUAUCGGCAGAAUUUGUUGAACGAGUAAUGAUUUUUUCUGUCACUGCAUUCGGCGGUAUGAUUUCAUUAGGAGCUAACAAUGUUCGACGUAGAACCUUCUUGGACAAGGAUUAUGAUUAUUAUAAAUUCUUUGGAUUUACUAAAGAAGAAGUAGACGCUUUAGUUAAAAGCACUGUCCCAGAAAGUCAACGAGAAAAAGCUCUUGAUGAAAUUGGUAUUUGGUACAACAAUUACACUGUAAUAGGAGAUAAAGAUACAAGUAUUUGUAAUCCUGUGUCUAUCACCAAUUAUUUACCGAAUCUCGUACGAAGAAGUUAUUGGAUUGAAUCAGUUGGAACAAAAUAUGUAUGCGAACUAUUUAAAUUUGAAAAAAUGCAGGAGAAGGUGUUUCCUGCCAUUAGAGAAAAUCAGAAUAUUUCCAUCAAUACAACAACUACACAGUUGGACGAUAUUUCUACCCUGAAAAAAUUACGUGAAUCAAUUUCAAAUUGUAUCAAUCAAGAGCAGGUAGACUUAGCUCUUCAAUUUCUUACAGAAUGUGGAUACUUUAAUGUUAUUCACAAAGAUGAUACGACUUGGACAUUGCAAAUUCCGAAUCAAGAAUUGAAAGCAAUAUUUACAGAUAAACUACAUAAGGCGUUGUUAAGUGUUAAAACUAACCUGUUUAAUGUAAACCAACAAAAGUCAUUUGUGAAUGCAUUAAAGUCCUUAGGAUGUGGAGAGGAGCAUGAACCUACACAAUAUGUUACUUUUAAAGAAUCUGUGGAAAAUUUGUAUACCAACCGAGAAUUACCAAAAGCUCAUUUUCAUUUUCACUGUGACCUUUGGAUGUUAAUUUUUGGUUCUGAGAACUUCCAUUGUUUCUCAGAAUUGCCAAUCAAAAAGGGAUGGUCACCCAGGCUUGAUUUAAUUAUUAUUACAAAAUGUGCAGCAAUUAUAAUUGAAGUAAAGCGAAAUGAACAAGAUUCUGCAAAGAAGGCCCUAAAACAGUGUAUAGAGAAAAAAUAUUAUGAAAUAUUUGAAUCUAUGGAAAACGAAAUAAAAGGUUUAAAGAAAAUUUUAAUGGGUCUUCAUCUCUCUGAUGAUGGUAACGUUAGCAUCAGGUAUUUAGCAAAUUUUGAACCAAACAGAAUAACAUCAAUAAAAAAAAUUGUUGAAGAGGAUAGCUAUGAAUGUUAAAAGCAUUCCCUUUUACUACGUACCCUGAUAGUUAAAUAGUAUACAUUUCGCUGAUUUAAAAAUAGUUUGUAAAUUGUAAUGGAAAAUAACUCUCAUUUUUACUGCCUUUAAUAUUUAAUAAAAUUA